AUUUGAUUUUGCCGACAUUUGAAGUUAAGGCUUGACACAAGUGUCUGGUUUAUACAUUUAAUUGUUAUUUCUUCGUCUCCCUUAGUCUCUCUCUCAGCGUCGGUUUCCUAUUCCUCUUACAGACAGCUCUGAAUCCAAAGGCAUUUCUUUUCUCCUCUUAAUUCCUUCUUCCAACACCUUUGAAUCUCUCUCUCUCUCACACUCACUUCUUUGUUUUGUCUGCAAAGUUGUGGGGAUUUGUUUAAAUCCUUAUUCUGUUUCUGAUGCCCUAAUUUCUCUUGCAGCACCUGUCUUUUUCUACCGAAGUGUCUUUGUUUGUUUUGAAGGGUACGAGACUUAGACUCCAAGCGUCUUCUUCGCCAGCGGUCUGGGGUUUUUUUCCUGCUUGAUUAGCGAUUUAGAUCUGACUCAUCUUAGCACUAAACAAGCUUUCUUCUUUUGUCAGCUGCUUGCCAAAAAGCCUCUUCCUUUUUUUUUUCGGUUGGUGCAUUUGGUAGUUGAUGUUCUUAUCAUCUUUAACCCUUCUUCUAUUGUUUAGCUAUUGGGUUUCGUCAUUUUCAUUGAAUUUGCCAAUUUCGGACAUACCUCAAGAACUUCUGCUGCAAAUUUUUGUUGGGUCGCUUCCUUUUCGCCUCUUGAGACUCGGGUGUCUGGAAUUCUGGUGCUCGGGAACGAUUUUGAUCGCCUGUCUGAAUCGUGUUCUUCAUUGGAUAGGGAAUGAGAAAACUGUAUAGGAAGCUGGUGAAGAGACAUGUUAGUUCACACUCAGGGUUUAGAGGUUCCACUGACAGAAAAUGGAUGGUUCCAUUCUUGGCAAGCUUGGUGAUGUCGAUGACUCUGUUAAUGUCAUUCAUUUUCGGCCGAUUCGAUGGGUCUUAUGGGGAAGAUCAGCUGCCAUUGGAUGUUGUUCCGGUUUCAAGCUCAGAAGAAUCCAAUGAAUACUUUGUAGAAUCUGAUUUCAGACAGUCUUUGAACUCUACGAGGAAGAAAUCUAAUUCUGAACCACCUAGGUUAGCAUAUCUGAUUUCGGGGACAAAAGGGGACAGCCAGAGGAUGAUGAGGACUUUGCAGGCAGUGUACCAUCCGAGAAAUCAGUAUAUUCUGCAUUUAGAUCUCGAGGCUCCACCUCGAGAACGGCUAGAACUGGCCAUGUCUGUGAAGAGUGAUCCGACUUUCCGUGAAGUGGAGAACGUUCGUGUAAUGGCUCAGUCUAACUUGGUUACGUAUAAAGGCCCUACGAUGAUUGCUUCCACACUUCAGGCCAUUUCGAUUCUGUUGAAAGAGAGCUUGGAGUGGGAUUGGUUCCUCAAUCUCAGUGCCUCGGACUAUCCUCUCGUGACACAAGAUGAUUUGCUCCAUGUCUUUUCAAAUUUGUCUCGGGAUCUCAAUUUCAUUGAACACAUGCGCCUGACCGGGUGGAAACUGAACCAGAGGGGCAGAUCCAUAAUCGUCGAUCCGGGCCUUUACCUGUCCAAGAAAUCCGAUCUUGCUUGGACUACUCAACGCCGAUCACUUCCCACAUCUUUCAAGCUGUUCACAGGUUCGGCCUGGGUGCUGCUGACAAGGUCCUUUCUUGAAUACUGCAUCUGGGGGUGGGAUAAUUUCCCGAGAACCGUCUUAAUGUACUACACGAACUUUGUGUCCUCCCCCGAAGGGUACUUCCACACGGUCAUCUGCAACACUGGGAAGUUCCGUGGCACUGCGAUCGGGCACGACCUUCACUACAUUGCUUGGGACAAUCCUCCAAAGCAACACCCAAUCUCGUUGUCAAUGAAAGAUUAUGAAAAGAUGGUCAAGAGCAAGGCCCCAUUCGCACGCAAGUUCCACAAAGACAGCCCUGUUCUGGACAAGAUUGACAAAGAGCUGCUGGGACGGACACAUCGGUUUUCUCCGGGGGCAUGGUGCGUUGGGAGUCUGGAAAACGGGUCUGAUCCUUGCUCGGUUCGUGGCAAUGACUCGGUGUUCAGGCCGGGUGCUGGUGCCGAGAGGCUGCAGGAGCUUGUUCAGACAUUGUUAUCUGAGGAGUUCAGGAGAAAACAGUGUUCUUGAGUUGGUAGCUUGCAAGGCGAAUGUACAUUGUUGUGUUGCAACUCAUAGAUCACAGGUUUUGGAAGUUAUUUUUUCUUCUUCUUCUUUUGAUGAUAAACAUAAACAGUACAUAAACGAUCAGUGUGUCAACUGCAGUGGUAGGAGAAUGAGUCACAGAAGGACAAAGAACGGCAGAACAAGAAUCAAAGCUCUGUAAUUUUCUCGUGCAGAAUGGCAUUGCUCAUCAUGUUCUUGGCUUUGGGUGUAUGAAAACAAGAGCAAUACAAUUACAAUGUAGCAUUU